AGGGUUUUUUACGACGUGAAGCGUGCGUAUAAAAACUGCUCUGCCGCCCCCUUUUCUGCGAAGCAUCGGACUCUCGGAGAAAUCCGCCGGAGAAUUUCUCCGAUCCUUCCACUUUCCCUCCCUCUCACUCCGCUUCGAAUUCUAGGGUUUUAGUUGCAAGUGAUAGGUGGAUCGGUGUUUGAGAUCGAUAAUGCCGGCUAUGGAUUACCAGGGCUCGUCGUUCGGCCGAUCCCUGCUUAGCUUACGACGGGAGCAGUUCGAUGCCCAAGUUGAUCCUGGAUCGAGCCGGGAGCAGGAGCUUGACAGCUUCCAGCGCCUUGUUGCCGACCUUUUCUCGGAUCUCGCUUCCGAUGGUGAGGAGCUUCUCUCUCUUGUUUGGAUCCGGAAGCUAUUAGAAGCUUUCCUCCUUAGCCAUGAGGAAUUCCGUGUCAUUCUCUUGAACAGUGGCCCGAUCCUGGCCCGCGCUCCCUUGGAGCGCCUCAUGUCCGACUUCUACGAGCGCAGCGUGAAAGCUCUCGAUAUCUGCAACGCCAUCCGCGAUGGAAUCGAGCAGAUUCGGCAGUGGCAGAAGCACAUCGAGAUCGUGCUCAUUGCCCUAGAUCCACGUCAUAAUCCCAUCGGUGAGGGACAGCUGCGUCGUGCCAAGAAAGCGCUUACCGAUCUCGCCAUUCUUAUGCUCGAUGUGAAGGAUUCCGCCUCUGUUCUUGCGCAGCGAAACAGGUCAUUUGGCCGCAAUAACACGAGCUCGAGCAAGGAUCGCGGCCACUUUCGAUCCCUUUCGUGGAGCGUUUCUCGAUCGUGGUCGGCGGCCAAGCAGCUCCAGGCUAUUGGAAACAACAUCAAUGCUCCCCGUGGAAAUGAUGUUGUGGCGACUAAUGGGGUUGUUAAUCCGAUCUUCACAAUGAAUACAAUGCUACAUUUCGUGAUGUGGGCUUUGGUUGCUGCAAUUCCUUGCCAGGACCGUGGCGUUCAGACUCAUUUCUCUAUCCCUCGAAACUUCACUUGGGGACCUUCCGUUCAGCUGCUCCAUGACAGGAUAAUGGAGGAAUCGAAGAAGAAAGAGAGGAAGAACUCUCUUGGACUCUUGAAAGAGAUUCAUCAGAUAGAGAAGUGUAUCAGAAACUUGUUGGAGCUGAUGGAUUCUGUUCAGUUUCCAUUGACAGAGGAGAAGGAGGUGGAGUUGAGACAGGGAGUGCUUGUGUUGGCAGGCGUCCAUCAUGCCAUGAAGGAGGAAUUGGAACCAUUGGAGCCCCAAGUGAGGGAAGUUUUCCAUAGGAUCGUGAGAAGUCGGACAGAGGGACUUGAUUGCUUGCACAAGCAAGAUUGAUUUUCUCUUUUGUUAUUCAAUGGUGUCUGUUAGCAGCAUGGAAUGUUGCCACAGUUUAAUGCCACCUUCCUUGCAAUUAAUUUGCAUAUAGUGGAUGCCAAAGGAGAUAAAAGUGAGAAGUGGCAUACAAAUGACAUGUAUCUAUUGCUAAGACGUUUUGGCAGGUACUUUGCUUAUGGCAGGUACUUUUCUUAUGUUCGAUAAUAAUACUUAAGUCUGAACAAGAAUUUGGUUCUUAGUGAUGUUGAUUA